UUAAGAGAAACAAAGAUGUAUCUCUUUCAAUCGCUCCUGUUGUUUUACUUUGUGUUUGAAAUUCAAUCGAAAUCAAUUCAAAACACAACAAUGGACGAACAAGAUAUUUUGUUUUUAAAGACUGAAGUUAAGACUCUCAAAGAAAGAUUGGAUAAUUUAACAGAGACUGUAGAGAAAGGCAGAAAACAUGGAAUACCAACAGUCAUGUUUUUCGUUCGGCUAACUGCCGCCACUACCCUUAACAAGAAUUCGAUUGUGAAGUUUGACCACGUGAUCACAGAUACCGGAAAUGACUUCAAUCCUGGAGACGGAAUAUUUGUGGCGCCAAUGUCUGGUAUCUAUUUAUUUUCAUGGACAACAUUGGCCUACACAAGCAAACAUGUUGAUACUGAACUAAGAGUGGACAAUGUUGUUGUAGCUAGCUCGUAUGGGUACAUUGGAACAUCUAGUAACGUCCCUGUGACAAAAGUGGUUCUGUAUCAAGUGAAGAAAGGAGACCAUGUUUGGAUUCAGACCAGUCGUUAUGUUACUGAGAAUUACUUCAACAACCCAUACGACUCUAGAAGUUCGUUUACUGGAAUGCUGGUUGUUGAAAAUUAGUUCUGUCGAACACUUUACAUACAUGUACAUGUAAUUUUAAAAUGUGUGUGUUAUAACACAGUAGAUGAUGCUUGUUUAGCUUGAAAUCAAUCUGAUUGUACUCGUUUAUAAACUUUGUAUAAAUAAAAAAAAAGGUAUCGUCUCUUUAUUUCCUUGAGCUGUGGGUAUCAGUCUUUUUUUUUAUACCAACACUCCCAAUAUGAUUGACAUAUUGCAAAAAUUACACCUCUUUUGUUUCAAAUAUUUUGCGCCCCCCUCAAUGGUUUUUACAUGAUCAGGAUUGAUUUCACACAUAUUUUUUUUUUAUUAAUUAUCUUAACAUAAUGUCUAUAUACUACAAUAUAUUUUUCACUUGAUAAAUACAAAAAACAUGAUUGGAUCAAAUAUUUUUUAUUUGAAAGCCAAUCGCAAGAAACAUAAAAUCUGAGAUUUAGCUUGAAGAAAAAAACUUUGAUCUCACUUACGAACAUCAAGAAUUCGCUAAUUCGCCAACUCAUGAUCAAUAACAAUAAAGUAAACGGAUACGAAAACGAGAUAUGAAAAAAUAACUUAAAGACAUGUUUGUAGAAUUGUUAUAAGCAUGGAAGUUAAAUGUCAAUAUAAUUCUUCCAUUUAACGACCAUUUUAUGGGAACUGAUUAUUAGC